AUGGCUAACUCAAAGAACAUAAAAACAUUUCCAAUUAUGUUCAAGAACCACUCAUGGUCACCAUAUAUCGACCACGAUAAAGAAUGGGAAAAACUUAAGGUGAAACAGAACCGCAGACACCACUUGCAUGGUUGUAGCAAGAGCUUAGAUCACGGUGAUCAUUAUGAAUUUGAUGUCACUAGUGAUGAUAUCAAAGAGCUACGAGGUUGCUUUGAUUUAGGUUUCGGGUUUGAUCCAUGUAACGAAUUGGAUCCAAAGCUAUCAAGUGUUUUUCCUGCACUUGAGUUGUACAAUACUAUUGUGAAUCGACAAAUUAAUAACCGUGAUCUAUCUAGUUCUUCUUUCAUUGAAUCUAAUUUUUCUGUUGCCUCCCUUGCUUCUUUGAUCUUCGUUACUGAUACAAAUGACGAACCAAAUGUCACGAAGAUGAGACUGAGGCAAUGGGCGCAAGUUGUUGCGUAUUCUAGUCAUGAAGCUUGUAGGCAACCUAAAACAAAAGUUGCAAAAUAG